AUGGCACCUACUGAACGUCUCUCACCAAAGGUGGAUGUCAACAACCUGACAUUCGCAUUUCCGGAUGGCAGUACUGGUCUUCAAAAGGUCGCUCUGGAGCUGCCCGCAAACAGCCGGACCCUGCUGAUCGGUGCUGGAAAGACUACUCUGCUCAGACUCUUGUCUGGAAAGCGCAUGGCACCAAAAGGAACCGUCAGCAUUGCAGGCAUCGACCCCUUCGCCGAAGGUCUUGAGGGUGUGACGUACUUGGGCAUGGAAUGGACCUUGAACUCCAUUACCCGUACAGAUAUCGAUGUACCGACUCUGCUCUCAUCGGUAGGCGGUGAUGCUUACCCCGAUCGAAGGGACGAGUUGGUCAAGAUCCUGGACGUGGACUUGAAAUGGCGUCUCCAUGCCGUUUCCGACGGUGAGAGGAGACGUGUGCAACUGUGCAUGGGGCUGAUUAGACCAUGGUCAGUCCUCUUACUGGAUGAAAUCACGGUAGAUCUGGAUCUUCUUUCUCGCUACAACUUCUUGCAGUUCUUGAAGAGAGAGACAGAGGCUCGUCCUUGCACCAUCGUUUACGCAACGCACAUUCUGGACAACUUGGCUGACUGGCCUACGCAUCUGGUCCACAUGUCUCUCGGCAAAGUGAGACAGUGGGGUGCCAUGGAGUCUUUCAACGUCCAAGGUGCUGAAGGAGGCCGUACUGGUAACAGUCUUUUGGGAGAGCUUGUUCUGGAAUGGCUGCGUGAGGAUCUUGCAGAGCGUGGUCCGCGUAAUGGACAGCAAUCAGAGAGCAAGACAUACGACACGCAUGAGGGCAAGGGUGGAUAUGGCCAGCUGAAGGCACCACCACGCGAAGCUUAG